CUUGAGGGCUACGGACCAUCGCUCAACAGCAGCAGCCUACCGCGAUGUGCACCAUAGGCGACGUGGACGACUGGGGUCCCUUCAUUCAAGAUGCCGCUCGCUGCGAGCACCUAAGUUUCACCCUUCUUUUCGAGGAGGCUCUGAUGGGCUUGCUGCCCUCGACUUGUGCGUUCUUGUUGGCCGUGUAUAGACUUAUGGUUCUGGCCAAGGAGGACAUAAAGGCACAGCGAACAUGGAUGCGCACUGCAAAGCUGGGAGUGAAUGGUGUUUUUGCCAUUCUGGCCUUGACACAGCUUUGCUUGUAUGCUGUGCCUGGCACGCCCAAGACCAGAUUGUCGCUUGCCUCGUCUGUGAUCCUGUUCUUGGCAGCUCUUGCCUUCAUACCCCUUUCUGCCUUGGAGCAUACCCGAUCCGUGAGGCCAUCCACUCUCUUGGAGGCCUACUACGCUCUCACGUUCUUCCUGGGUAUCAUCCAUUGCCACACAUUAUGGCUCAUACGUGGCUCCAAUGCUAUUGCUGGUGUUGUUACGACAACACUUGUCGUCCGUUUCCUGGCUCUGAUGGCUGAAACCCAAAGCAAGCGCCGAAUUCUCUUGAAUCCAUAUCAAGAUGUCUCACCAGACGGCACAGGCGGUCUCAUCAGUAUGCUCACGCUUUCUUGGUUGCUUCCGCUGCUUAGGACAGGGUUUUCGUCGUCACUAUCAAUACGAAAUCUGUAUCAUCUUCAUCCGGACAUGAGGGCAGAGACUUUGUUAUUCAAGAUCCUCCGCCAGUGGAAUAAAGAUACUCCACGGAAUGCGCCUGGCUUGCUGUUUCUUCUCAUGAGACAGCAAAAGGCCACGAUCCUGGCCGGGGGUUUCUUUCGGCUAUGUUUAGUCGCUUUCCGCUUUGCACAGCCCUUCCUAGUGCAGGCCGAGCUUCAAUUCUCGGCAGACUCUCACAGCGAAUCGUCAACCGCGAGAGGGACAUGGUUGGUGGUUGGCUAUGCCGCCGUCUAUCUUGGCAUUGCCAUAUGCCAAGCAGGUUUUCAAUAUCACAGCAGGAGGUUUGUGGUGCAGCUGAGAGGCAGCCUCAUUCCAAUGCUUUACAGCCAUGUGUUAAGAACCGACAUAAGAAAAGCAACAGAGCACGCCCCAAUCUCCCUGGUCAGUGUUGACAUGGAAAAGAUGGCUCUUGGAAUGAUGACAUUUCAUGAGACUUGGGCAUCCGCCAUUGAGAUUGGGCUUUUCAUCUGGCUGAUUGAAAGGCAAAUUCAUGUUGCCGCUGCAGCUUCGAGCCUCGCAUCGUUGGCAUGUCUCGUUGCAGGCUUCUUUAUCUCGACUAGGGCAAUGGGAGAUCUCACUGCGUGGCUUGAAGCCAUUCAACGACGAAUCGACAUCACAGAAAGUGUGCUCAGCCAAUUCAAACCGGUCGCAUUGGCUGGCUUCAUGGACUCUGUCACCUCCCGCAUCUCGUCACUCCGGGAGUCUGAGAUCCAUAUCUCAAAAAGAUAUCGGGCGAUGGUUGUGGGCGUGCUCACAAUGGCAUACUCAUCCGUCGUCAUAGCGCCAGUCAUCGGUUUUGGUCUUUUUGUGUUUGUGCCAAGUAUCCGGGGCGCAAAAGUGUUCACCGUCGAAGUAGCUUUCUCCUCUUUGACUGCCUUCACAUUGUUCACUUCUUCCAUCACAUCACUUGUGCAAGCAACAUUUGAGAUGAUAUCUGCCCUCAGCGGGUUCGCGAGAUAUGCUCAAGCCUUACACGAGCCGCCAUUUGUUGACCCGCGGGUGCACAUUGCCAGCUCGCCUUCUCGGCCGCCAGGAUGGACAUCGCCCCUCCGUGACAGUACAAUCAUGGAAGACCCGCUCGAUGACGGCGACGAGGAUGGUGGUUUUCCAAUGCGAACAUUUUCUUUGACUCGCCGUCGGAUCAAUCGACUGUCAUUGCUCCUUGAAGAGCAGAGGUGCAUAGUCGCACGAGACGCUGACAUCGGGUGGCCCAGCAACACAGCAGUAAUCAAGGGGGCGUCUUUCUCGAUAGGCAAGAAUAGGAUUACUGCUUUCACAGGGGGACCUGGGUCAGGUAAAACAACGCUUCUGGAGGCGUUCUUGGGCCAGGCCACAAUUUCGAACGGAACGCUUUCCACGGCGCUCGUUCGUGCUGCCUAUUGCAGCCAAAAGCCGUGGAUCUUCGAGGGAACUAUCAUGGACAACAUUGUCAACUGCUGUACGUUCAGCAAAUCUCGUUACGAGGCAGUGGUCACGGCUUGUGGACUUGGUCAGGAGAUCAGUCGCAUGCCCUUGGGAGACAGGACGCCCACUGGUAGUGGAGGGUCUCGUUUGAGCGGCGGGCAGCGGAAACGAGUGGCGUUGGCCAGAGCAGUAUACUGCGGGCUGGACUUGCUCAUCCUGGACGAUGUCUUGAGCGGGCUCGAUCCAGAGACGUCUAAGACGGUAUGGAAGAGUUUAUCCGGUGUUAAUGGCCUUUUUCGUCGAGAAGGAAGGACAGUAAUAUUCUCCUCCGUCCAUGGUAAGCAUAUACGUUAUGAGAAACAGACAAGCACCUUUGCUCUUGGUCUACCUGGCAUGCCGAUGGACACCUGGGCUAUGCCAAUGCAACGUGCAGAAAAUGACGGCCCCGGUACUAAAAAAGAACAAUCUGGCGACAACACAGACAAGCAAAAGGCCAGUGGUGACUGGCAGGCAUACAGCUACUACGUGCUUUCGAUCGGUCGACGUAGCACUUUAAUUCUAGUGGUGUUUACCUUUUUGAUGGUGAUAGGUCUUCAACUCCCUCAGAUCUGGAUUGCGUUGUGGGCUCAGGCAAAUGUGAACCACGAUGGACUAAGCUCUGCCACCUACUACGGUAUAUACGUGCUCAUGGGAGGGCUUGCCUUACUUUUCCUCGUUUCAGGUGGAUCAUACUUCUUACUCAAAAUGGUUCCUCAAUCAGCUCGCAUUCUCCAUCAAGCUCUCUUAGUGACCACACUCAGAGCUUCCAUUGUAUUCAUCAACGACCAAAGCAUUGGCAGCAUUCUAAACAGAUUCAGCCAGGAUCUAACCAUUGUAGAUACCGAUGUUCCAAUAUCCGGCUUCAACACAACCUUCUACAUGCUCUCCAUCAUAGUCCAAGCUGUGAUCAUAUCUAUAUCAUCUAAAUACAUGGCUGCUGUCAUGGUUGUUUUCCUACUUUUCUGUUAUCUGGUACAGGCCUUCUAUCUACGAACCUCUCGGCAACUUCGCAUUCUAGAUAUCGAGGCCAAAGCACCGUUGAUCUCACACGUCUCGGAUACAAUGGCCGGGCUCAAGACGAUCCAGAGCGCUGGUUGGACGACACACUUCGAGACCAUGGCGCUCAACAUCCUCGACAGCUCGCAGCGGCCUUUCUACCUAAUGUACUGCGUCCAGGUCUGGCUGGGCUUCGUCCUUGACCUCAUGGUGGCCAUUGUUGCCAUCUUACUGGUCAGCAUCACCAAUCGCCUACAAGGGAGCGCCACAGGCGGGUUUCUCGGUGUCGCACUGACGAGCAUUGUCAGUUUUGGCGUCAACCUGAAUACCUUGCUUGUCUCGUGGACGCAGAUAGAGACAGCUUUACAGGCUGUUCUCAGGAUUCGAGACUAUUCAAAAAACACCCCAAUGGAAGGGGAUGAUAGCGACAAGGCGCUCCUUACGACGUCACAGUGGCCAGAGGUGGGCAGAAUCGAGUUUCGUGACGUCUGUGCUUCGUACGGCAAAACCGCCGGCCGAGUGUUAGAUACACUAAGCUUUGUGGUCGAGCCCGGCACCACUGUGGGAAUCUGUGGUCGAAGCGGAAGUGGGAAAAGCUCUCUGUUAGCAACUCUGUACCGUUUCCUUGAUCCCGAAAGCGGCACUAUUUUGAUCGACGGAGUCGACACUCAGCAAGUUCCGGUCCGGCGUGUUCGAGACAGUCUGGUCAAUGUACCGCAAGACGCUUUCUUACUCCCUGGUAGUCUGCGGUAUAAUUUGGACCCGUCCAACACAAAAUCUGAUGAAGAGUUGAUCGCCGCGCUUCAGGCUGCUCAUCUGUGGAGCAGCUCCAUGUACGACAACGGUCUGGACACCCUUGUCGACGAGUAUACCUUCUCUAGCGGUCAACGACAGGGUCUGAGUUUGGCGCGUGCUCUGCUCCGCGAAGGCAAUAUCGUUACUGUGGACGAGCUCACGAGCGCAUUGGAUGCGGAAGACGCAGAUAUCAUGAGGGAGACAUUUGUGAAUCAUUUCAAUUCUCGUACGGUCCUCAUGAUCUCACACAGGCUUGACGAUCUGCUGGCCUGUGACCGGGUACUCGUAAUAGAGGAUGGCCGAUUUGUCGAGUAUGAUGAUACAGAAAUACUUUGGGAGGAUGACAAUUCCAGGUUCCGCAGAAUGUUUGACUCAUUUUAAGGAACACAUAUUGCUACCCCUUAUCUAAAAAUGGAGAUGCCGAACCUGACUGCUCUAC